GUACGUAGACGGUCUCUUCUGCUGAAAGGCAAUAGAAAAGUGCGGAGGCAGCAUCAACAAUCAAUAAAUCGGCGAGUUCCGCUGUGGUGUUGCGAGGCAGAAGUCUGAGGGUUCUCUUCCUGUUACGCAUCUCGGUUCAGAUCCCGCCAUCCGCGUCUUGCAGUUUAGCAGGUGUGCUACAUCAACAGCGCAUUAAUGAUUCGCUACUCGCGGUGGUGGCGUCUACCGCAGCGGGACCCGUUUAAAGUACUCGGUUUGAGUCGCGCGGCUACGAAGGCGGAGGUGAAGAUGAAGUACCGUGAACUCGCCCGCGUGUACCACCCGGAUGCCGAGUCGGGUGACGGGGUCAAGAUGGAGGAGGUGAACCACGCGUACAAGCUCCUGCUGAAGGAAGGCGGGUAUGAGCGGCUGCACUUGCCGGGGCCGAAGGAUGGGGUGUCUAGCACUGCCAACGGAGCUGUCGGCGUCACCGCGGAGGGUCGUCGCCACCCCCCACGGCAGACCGCAGCAGCUCCUUUCAGCGUCGAUCAGCAAGAGUUCUCCACGGAGCCGAGCGGCACGAGUGCGUCAUCGUCAUCCUACCUAAGCGACGAGGAGAUGGAGAAGGUCAGCGCACUCGACCCGGCGACGGAGCGGCGCACCCCCGAGGGCAAGUAUUUGUAUCAAAGCCGCGAUGACCAGAGCUGGGUAGAGAUGGACCGUCCGCUGCUGCGGGCGCACCAGCCCCACUACGCCUCGUUUGCCGCGCAAGCCGACAUGAAAGCAGAGCUGCGUCGCCGGGCGGUGCUAAAGGAGAGGGAGCAGAACGAGAAAUCUGGAUUUCAGCGCGCGGCGGAUCGGCUGGCGGACAGCGCCGAUCUGCCCACGCGCAACCGGCACCUCCUACGUUUCUACGCUCUGCUCGUGAUCACGGUCUUCUACCUCAUGUUCAAGCGCACCUUUGAGCGGACAACGCGUCAGCAGCGGCGCACCGGUUAUUACCACGACUUGGAGGAGAAUAGGGCGGAGCUGCUAGAGGCGUACGCACUGCACAAGGCUGGUCUGCAGGUUUCUGCGGUGGCGGCGGCGGUGGUGUUUAUUGCGGCAGCGGAGCACAAGACGAUGCUGGAUGCGGUCGUGCCCAGCCCUCCGGAGGUGUUCUUCCGUGCCGUGAGGCCGCCACCGGAUCAUUUCACCGUUGUUGCAGGUGGCUAA